AUGAGCCUUAUUCGCGGCCGACAGUUGCGACGCAAAGCCGAGAUCGGGCAGCAGAUUCCGGCAAUUUGGCGAGGCCAUCCAGCAGCCGAAAAGAACCCUGACCGAGAUCCAGCGUCCGUGACCAGACACGAGCCACCGACGGCCGAACCCGAGCCCGGUAGUUCACCGUCUGAGAGCAGACCCCUUUUUCUGCGGCUGAAAGAGGCUAGGCCUUCACGACGCUCUGCCUUGCCAAACAUGAUGAUGGAAAUGAUUAUCAGAGCUUCUCCACAGUAUAAGAAGAUCCUGGCUGAGCUGAAGAAAAAGGAAGCUGAUGAAAAGAAAAGGCAAAGGACACUGAUGAAGUUGAAUUUGUUCCUGAUAGAUUUUGAAAAGUAUGGAGUGAGGUUGGCGAAUCAGAUUAUCCAACGCUUGGGGAUGGAUCCUGAUUAUGAUAUGAAAGUCCAC